UUCCAGCAAGGAGUGAAUUAUUCACAUCUGCCCAUAGAUAUCAAAUUGGCCCUUGCCAGGUUGCCAGUAGGGUGGGGCAGGAGGCGGCCUUGUUCCAGAGACUAAAUAGGAGGAGUCACAGCCUUGUUCAAACAAUACACAGGUGGGUGCCUGGUUUUGCUAAGUCAUCCUGGGAAUGCUCAAAGGCACUUUGUGAACUCCUUUCCGUCCUUCCCGGCUCCUCCUGUCUUCCUACCCACUCAGGGGACUUAAGUGGGCUCACACAGCUGGCCAGGGCUCACUGCACUUCACCAUGGCUUAUAUUGCCAAGUCUUUCUAUGAUCUCAGUGCUAUCAGCCUGGAUGGGGAGAAGAUAGAUUUUAACACGUUCCGAGGCAGGGCAGUGCUGAUUGAGAAUGUGGCAUCUCUCUGAGGAACAACUACCCGGGACUUCAACCAGCUCAAUGAGUUGCAAUGUCGCUUUCCCAGGCGCCUGGUGAUUCUUGGCUUCCCUUGCAACCAAUUUGGACAUCAGGAGAACUGUCAGAAUGAAGAGAUCCUGAAUAGCCUCAAGUAUGUCCGCCCUGGGCGUGGGUACCAGCCCACCUUCACUCUUACCCAAAAGUGUGAGGUCAACGGGCAAAACGAGCAUCCUGUCUUUGCCUACCUGAAAGACAAGCUGCCUUACCCUUAUGACGACCCAUUCUCCCUCAUGACCGACCCCAAGCUCAUCAUGUGGAGUCCUGUGCGCCGCUCAGAUGUGGCCUGGAACUUUGAGAAGUUCCUCAUAGGGCCAGAAGGAGAGCCCUUCCGUCGCUACAGCCGCACCUUCCAAACCAUCAACAUUGAGCCUGACAUCAAACGGCUCCUCAAAGUUGCCAUCUAGACGUGGCCUGCUCAGCCUAGGGACUUCCCACUGUUUCCAACCCCAGCUAUUCUUCCUCAGGACUCAGUAUACCCUAAGGAGACACCAGGGGACUGAAGCCUUCCCUUGGUAUCACCCCCCUGCACUGAAGCACCUUGCCUUCCCUGUCUGUUUCCUUUAGCUCCCUCAAAGCUCUUGGGGAGUCCACUUGGGGCUCUAAGUCUGGGAUAGGCUCUGGGCCUUCACAGAAUGAUGGCAUCUUCCUAAAGCCUUAUGGGAGAUGUCUGAGAAGUUGUGAGGGGCCCAGAGGCAACCUACUUUAGAGUCCAAUAAAUGGCAGGUGUGGAAAUGGCCUGG